AUGAACACAGUCAUGAGCAAGAGGAAGCUGACAUGGUUGGUAAAUGAAGGUGUCGUGGAUGGCUGGGAUGAUCCAAGGUUACCAACCGUUCGCGGAGUGCUCAGACGAGGAAUGACAGUGGAAGGAUUAAAGCAGUUUAUCGUAUCUCAGGGCUCUUCACGCUCUGUUGUCAUGAUGGAUUGGAAUAAACUUUGGGCAUUUAACAAAAAGGUGAUUGAUCCCGUUGCGCCGCGGUACACUGCUCUGCUGCAGAACGAACUGGUUACUGUCAAAGUCAUUGGUGCGGAUGUAGGAAAGAAAAGCGUUCCACUUCAUCCGAAAAACAAUUACAUGGCUGAGAAGAUUGUGCAUUUCACGCAGGAGAUUUUAAUCGAAAAUGAAGACGCAUCACUGUUGAAUGAAAGAGACAUUGUCACUCUUAUCAACUGGGGAAACGCUGAAGUGCAAAAGAUGCACAGAGACAACAGUGGAAAGGUGGAUUCCGUUGUGCUGGUGCUGCGCCUUGACAAUAAAGAUUACAAAAAUACUUUAAAAUUCACGUGGCUGCCGUUCGUUGAAUCACCAGAAGACGAAGCUUCGUUGGUUCCUGUAGUAACGACUCAUUUCGAUGAAAUCAUCACGAAGCCUGUUCUGGGAAAAGAUGAGGAUUUCAAGCAAUACGUCAAUUUCAACUCCAGGCAUAACUUUGAGCUCGUCGGCGAACAUGCAUUGGCUGACGUGAAAAAGGGCGAUAUUAUUCAGUUACAAAGAAAAGGAUUUUACAUCUGCGACCAAGAAUAUAAAAGAAUAAGGUAUGUAACUCCUAAUCAAAAAUCUUUUUCAAGGUCAUUUGAGGGAACCAUAAAAUGAGU